CACCUCCUCCCAUCGAACCCCUCGAGUUGUCCUGCAAUCUUCCAUCGCAUUUCUCCCUAUUUAAAACCUUAUUUUCCUCUUCCCUCUCACCAUGGCCGAGUCGCAGCGCCGCCCUCGCGUUUUCUUUGACGUUCAGAUUGGCAACCAGAAGACUGGGCGCAUUGCUAUCGAACUGUUCAAUGAUGUCGUCCCUAAGACCGCAGAGAAUUUCCGCGCUCUCUGUACGGGAGAGAAGGGCGUGGGGAAACAGGGCAAGCCGUUGAGCUUCAAAGACUCGAUUUUCCACCGUGUCAUCAAGCAGUUCAUGAUCCAGGGUGGUGACUUUACCGCCUUUAACGGAACCGGAGGUGAAUCGAUCUACGGCGAGAAGUUCCCCGACGAGAACUUCGAUCUGAAGCAUGACCGGCCCUUCCUCCUCUCCAUGGCCAACUCCGGCCCCGGCACCAACGGUAGCCAGUUCUUCAUUACCACCGUCCCCACCCCUCAUCUGGAUGGCAAGCACGUCGUGUUCGGCGAGGUGAUCAACGGAAAGAGCGUGGUUCGCAAGGUCGAGAACAUGCCUACCAACGCCGACAAGCCUAACAAAGACGUGACUAUCGUCGACUGCGGCGAGCUCACGGGCUCCGACUACGAUGAGGCCGACAAGCAGGUCCCUGAUGCCACUGGCGAUCCGUUCGAGGACUUCCCCGAUGACCACCAGGGUGAGGAGCUGAGCGCUCCCGUGUGCUUCAAGAUCGCGUCCGAACUUAAGAACUACGGCAACUCCGCCUUCAAGUCCGGCAACCUCGCCCUGGGUCUCGAGAAGUAUCAGAAGGCUCUACGCUACAUGAAUGAGUUCCCCGAGCCGGACGAGGAGAAGGACCCCAAGGACCUGGAACCGCAGUUGAAGGCCCUGCGCUUUGCAUUGCACUCCAACUCGGCCCUGCUCGCGAACAAGCUGUCACAGUAUAAGAACGCCCAGACUUGGGCGUCCUACGCGCUCGAAGUCGCCGACGCCGCCAAGGCCAAGGACACCGACCGUGCUAAAGCCCUGUACCGCCGCGCUGUUGCUUCCGGCGGUCUCAAGGAGGAGGAUGCCGCGCUGUCGGAUCUCGAGGCCGCAUCCAAGCUGGCCCCUGGCGAUGCGGGGAUCACCAACGAAGUCGCUCGGGUCAAGCAGGCGAUCAAGAACCGCGAGGCCAAGGAGCGAGCUACGGCGCGGAAGUUCUUCUCGUAGACUGCUUCGGAGUUCUCGCGGGGGAGACAUGCCCUCUCCAUGAUUCAUGAUUCAUGAGUGUUUCUAUACUCUUCGUCCCAUUUGCAUCAGAUAAGCAGAAAAUACUCACCACUGUGCAUCAUUUCUUGCAACGCUUUUCCCCCCCUCUCCCGCCAAAUGUCACCUCCCCCGCAUUUGCCCCGCAAGCAAACAUCCUUCCCGGGGUACGCCCCAUCUUUUGUAGCAUGGAUUUCGGCGCAAUACAUGUCUCUUUCCAACUAAUUUUCUUUAUACUUUGGCCCGGGUAGGAUGACCCUGCAGCUGGUGUAUCGUCAAGAGAGAAGGAUAGAUUUAGGAGCGGGAGAUGCCGCGAGAAGAAAACGAGAAGCAAAAGAAAUGCAAUGUUGUCUAAUAUGUAAG